AUGCUUAAAAUGAGGCACUCUCGCAGCAGGCUGGAGGUCGCUAGCCACGAGUUCAAGCCGCUGCCCGCCGACAAGCAGAUCGAGACGCUGCCCUUCCUGGAGGCCGUGGCGCACCUGCCGCCCUUCUUCGAUUGCCUGGGGACGCCCAUCGUGUACUCGCCCGUCAAGGCAGACCUAGCUGGGAAUAUCAAGAAAAUCCGAGCGGUUUAUGAAACCAACCCCGCCAAGUUCAAAACGCUGCAGAACAUCCUCGAGGUGGAGAAGGAGAUGCACGGCUCGGCGUGGCCGAAGACGGGGGCAACGCUGGCGCUGAUGUGGUUGAAAAGGGGCCUGAAGUUCAUGCUCGUUUUGCUGCAGAGCAUCUCUGACGGCGAGAGGGAUGAGGAGCACCCAAACCUCAUCAGAGUGAACGCCCUGAAAGCCUACGAGAUCGCUCUGAAGAAGUACCACGGCUGGAUGCUGCAGAAGCUCUUCACGGGCUCGGUCUAUGCUCUUCCAUACAAAUCGGAUUUGCUUAAGGCUUUAGAGAAAGGUAAGGAAGUGAAGGAGGAGGAGACCAUAGAGAAGAUCCGGCAGUUUCUCACACGAGUCGGCCCCAUCCUGGAUGCGAUUUAUGAGAUGUACACGAAAAUGAAUGCAGAGCUGAGCUACAAGGCCUAG